AUGGUCGAUUUCAACCACACCAUUAUCGGCCAGUUCCCGUAUUUGAACAACUCGCAAAAUGUACUUAUAGCCAGCGACGAGUUGUGGGCUUCAGCGGUCAAUUAUCCAUACCAAGUGAUACGAUCGUUCUACAGUGCCAUCGUUUCGCAAUAUGAGUCGCAGUUCAUGACCACCGUGGCUUCAGAGGCGCUAAGUAUGGGGGCGUCUGCGUUUGCCGAAACAGCAGGCUAUUUCUUCAGCAACUAUGCUGUGGGCUGCUUUGUGACUGCAUUGUUGCUGAACAGGAUAGUAGCAAUGUCCUCACUGCGUUCAGCAGCUACAGUCGUGCAAUUGCCCCUGUGGUCGCGCGUUGUGUUUCACGGCAUCGCGAUCGGUACUCUCCUUUACAACGUGACUGUAACAAUACGGCCUGGUGCCAACGACGACCCCAACGCUUAUUUCGCUAUGACUUAUGCAGUAAUCUGCCUCUCACACUGCCUGGAAACGUUCAUCUCCACUACUUCCAAUACAAAGCCCAUGGAGGAGUUUGACUACAGCAUAUUUGAACUAUCCAUGCAUUUCUACACACUGACGCGGUCUGGCACGGCGCGCCAGGACUACGUUCCAGACUGCUUGAUGGCUUUGUUGGGCCGGCUCAUCAUUCACAUCGUCGAGAUAAGUAACAGAAGGCGCUAUCGCUUAUUAUGCUCCACUAUCUUAAACGUGGGUCACCUGGGGUAUCUGGCCUGGUCUAUAUUGAAUGAAGGCGUUUCGUCCUUGACACUGCUAGUGAAAUACAGGCACAUUCCUAAAACGAUGGCGCUAGUGUGUAUUUCGGUGUCUGUUGCCUGCUACGGGUUGGCCUGUCUGGCGAGGCUAAGUCCAUUUGGUAGCAGUGACCUGUCGGUUUUGCGAUUCCACUCUUUUAUGCAGAGCUGGUACAGCACAUUGAACUGCACUGGCGAGGAAGAGUUCACCAGCACAUUGAUAAACUUUGCAGUUCUAAUUUGCAACCCAGUUCAAACGCAACAGGCCGGGAUACAUCGCGAACUUUCUCAGCUAACUCAUCAAAACGAUGUCAACAGGUCCUUCCUUGUAAGCGGAUAUAUGAACAAACAACAGACUGAAAUGAAAAGUGCCGAGAUAGAAUGGGAGCCCGCAAAACCCGUUUGGCGCAGAAAAUGGGACGCCAUGUGGGGACUCGAAAAAGCGCUCGAGAAUCGAAUAAUUUCGCUAUUCCAAGCUCCAAAGCCGCAAAUCGAGGUCGAGCUUGAGCGCAAUCGUCAUGACAAAAACCUCAAUGACUACGUAUCCGAUAAUAACUACAGGCAAUUUUUCGCAAGGGCGCCCGACCUAAAUGCGAAUGUCAAGGGCAAGCGUUCAACGAGCUACAGGUACUUGCUACCGGAAGAGGACUGGUCUGCCGACUAUGUCGAAGAUGAUUCCGUAAUUACGGGCAUUGACAGUGACGACAGUGAAGAUCUGGAAUCUGAUCUGGAGCUACUUGAUAAUGAGAAUGAUCAAUCGGAGGAGACGCAUCUCAGGGAAAGACAGAUUGGUAACGAGCUGACAGAUCUUCUAAUUUUGCCCGACUCCCCAAAUGACAUUGCAGAUCAGGAUCCGCAAUGGCUGCUCUCCAUGUGGUCUAUUUUGCAGUGUGAGACGAAAUGCAAUAGAAGACUAACCCGCUCACAAUACGCCAGUUUGAACGAAUCGAGCGUUCUGCGCGAAAUUAUGACAAAACGUGCCAUCGAGGCCCACUCUGCGAAACCCUCGGUCUCAAACUCCGAUCGCGAUCUUUCAUGUGUGGUGUGCAAGACCAAUGUUCGAAAUAUCGUGCUAUGGCCUUGUAAAUGCUUUGCUAUCUGCGAAGAAUGCCGUGUUUCGUUGGGCCUUCGCGGAUUCAAUACCUGUAUAUGCUGCAGAGCUCCCGUGAAGGGCUACAGUAGAAUCAACGCAGUCUGA